UUCCCAAUGCUUCCUUAAGCGGCCGGCGCGCGAGAGACUGAAAAAAAGGUGACGCGGGGCCCAAGAAGGCGGCCGGCGCGCUGCCCCCCGCCCCUGGUUAUUUGGCCGCCUUCGCCGGCGACUCAGGGCAGAGUCUCCUGGAAGGCACAGGCAGUGUAGCGAGAAGGGCGCCUUCUUGUUUUUUAGUUUUGGCUCUGUUUUGCCGUCCUCGCCUGGAAGUUGCUCCGCGGGUUCCUCCAAGGCCGUUUGCCGCGUUCUCGUCCGGCCUUCUCCCCUAGCACCGACCCCGAAGUGGCCCGGGGCCCCCCAGGAGCACGAGAGAGCCCAGGGAGAGGCCGUGCGCGGCCGGCGGCUCCCGGAGGCGGCGGCGGCGGCCGAGCCGGACUCAGCGCGGCGGCCCGGCACCAGCUCUGUGGGGCCCGGACUCGGACUGGGCAGCCGGCUUGGCGUGGCCGGCCUAGGGAGGGUGGGGGGCGGCGGGAGGCGCGGGGCGGCGGCGGCGAGCGGGGGCCAUGCAGGCGCGCUACUCCGUGUCCAGCCCCAACUCCCUGGGAGUGGUGCCCUACCUCGGCGGAGAGCAGAGCUACUACCGCGCUGCGGCCGCGGCGGCCGGGGGCGGCUACACCGCCAUGCCGGCCCCCAUGAGCGUGUACUCGCACCCAGCGCACGCCGAGCAGUACCCGGGCGGCAUGGCCCGCGCCUACGGGCCCUACACGCCGCAGCCGCAGCCCAAGGACAUGGUGAAGCCUCCCUACAGCUACAUCGCGCUCAUCACCAUGGCCAUCCAGAACGCCCCCGACAAGAAGAUAACUCUCAAUGGCAUCUAUCAGUUCAUCAUGGACCGCUUCCCUUUCUAUCGGGACAAUAAACAAGGCUGGCAGAACAGCAUCCGCCACAACCUCUCGCUGAACGAGUGCUUCGUCAAGGUGCCCCGAGACGACAAAAAACCGGGCAAGGGCAGCUACUGGACGCUGGACCCGGACUCGUACAACAUGUUCGAGAACGGCAGCUUCCUGCGGCGGCGGCGGCGCUUCAAGAAGAAGGACGCAGUGAAGGACAAGGAGGAGAAAGACCGGCUGCACCUCAAGGAGCCGCCGCCGCCGCAGCCCGGCCGCCAGCCCCCGCCCGCGCCGCCGGAGCAGGCCGACGGCGCCGCGCCCGGACCGCAGCCGCCGCCCGUGCGCAUUCAGGACAUCAAAACCGAGAACGGUACGUGCCCCUCGCCGCCCCAGCCCUUGUCCCCGGCUGCCGCCCUGGGCAGCGGCAGCGCCGCCGCGGUGCCCAAAAUCGAAAGCCCCGACAGCAGUAGCAGCAGCCUGUCGAGUGGGAGCAGUCCCCCGGGCAGUCUGCCUUCGGCGCGGCCGCUGAGCCUGGACGGCGCGGAGCCCGCGCAGCCGCCGCCACCCACCCAGCCAGCGCCGCCGCCGCCGCACCACAGCCAGGGCUUCAGCGUGGACAACAUCAUGACGUCGCUGCGGGGGUCGCCGCAGGGCGCGGCCACGGAGCUCAGCUCUGGCCUCCUGGCCUCGGCGGCCGGGUCCUCGCGCUCGGGCAUCGCACCCCCGCUGGCGCUCGGCGCCUACUCGCCUGGCCAGAGCUCCCUCUACAGCUCCCCCUGCAGCCAGAGCUCCAGCGCCGGCAGCUCGGGAGGGGGCAGCGGCGGAGGGGGCGGCGGCGGUGGCGGCGCGGCGGGCGCUGGGACCUACCACUGCAACCUGCAGGCCAUGAGCCUGUACGCGGCCGGAGAGCGCGGCGGCCACUUGCAGGGCGCACCGGGGAGCACCGGCGGCUCCGCGGUGGACGACCCCCUCCCCGACUACUCUCUGCCCCCAGUCACCAGCAGCAGCUCCUCGUCCCUGAGUCACGGCGGCGGCGGCCAGGAAACCGGCCACCACCCUGCGGCCCACCAAGGCCGCCUCACCUCGUGGUACCUGAACCAGGCGGGCGGAGACCUGGGCCACUUGGCGAGUGCGGCGGCGGCGGCAGCCGCCGCGGGCUACCCGGGCCAGCAGCAGAACUUCCACUCUGUGCGAGAGAUGUUCGAGUCACAGAGGAUCGGCUUGAACAACUCUCCAGUGAACGGGAAUAGUAGCUGUCAGAUGGCCUUCCCUUCCAGCCAGUCUCUGUACCGCACGUCCGGGGCUUUCGUCUACGACUGUAGUAAGUUUUGACACUCCCUGUCCACCCCCCCUCAAAAUCGAAAUGAAUCGAACCCCAAAGCAGGAACAGCCAAAAGAACCAUCAAUGCAAAAUCGAAACCAAAAAAAAAAAAAAAAAAAA